AUGGGCGUAAACAAGACUACCAAACUCAAGCCCCUACCAAAAGCAACUAUACAAGGAAGGAUCAACAAGAAACUCCCCCCUAAGCCUGAUAACAAGAGAAGAGGGAAAGUGUCAGAGAGUGAGGAGGAGGACUCUGAAAGUGAUACAGAAGACUCAGCGGAGGUCACUGAAGAGGAAAUUAGUAACGAUGAGAAAGAGGAGGAUCAGGGAAGUAACGAAGAGCCAUCUGAGACACAUGGGACUGAGGACAGCAGUGAGGAGGAGGCUGAGGCGUUAGAUACUCAACGAAAUAAAGAACAGACCAAAAACGAAGAAUCAGACAAAGAGCUUUCAGAGGAAGCAAAUUCCACAAGUGAACCAGCCACAUCAAGCGAAGAAGAGGAAAGUGAGAAGGAAGUAUCUGACAAGGCUAUCCGUGAUGAGAGCGAGGAGGAGAUAACCCAUGAGAACGCCUCUGAAAAGCCGACAGCUGAUAAAGGCGGCAGACGACGCAGACAGACUCCACGUCCUUCGAAGCUUGCUCAAGGUCCGAAAAACAAGAUGAACAAAAAGACAAAGGCAGAUAAGCAGGCAGAGAAGGCUGAGAAACAGAGAGCCAAAGCAGAGAAGAAGAGGUUAGAAAAGGAAGCCAAACAAAAAGCCAAGGAAGAAAAAAAGAAAAAGACUAAAACACACAAAGAGGAAAAACCCAGUUCCGCAACGGAGGAGAUUCAAUCACCAAAAGGUAAAACAAAGGAUACUAAUGAGAAAGAUGCUCCUGAAGAAACUGACCCAGAGGAGGAAGAGGAGGAGGCUGAAUCUACCUUGACCAAAGCCAUCAAAGGCCAAAACCGAAUGAUGCUUCUGAAAGACAAAGGUAAAGACCUCAAGACCAUUCUGAAGACGGAAGAAGAGCAGGACGCUGGACAUGUCGUCAAAGGGCUUCCACAGAGCUUGCUCUUGGGGAAAGUCAAGAUGUCAUCCCUCCAGCAGAAAGCAAAUAAGAUGUUAGCCAAACCGGCAGAAGAUUCAUCAGAAAGUGAGGCCAUUGAUUUGGGGUCCAGCAGACCCAUGGAGCGUUUGAUAGCACGAAGAAAAGGUGUAACCACUCUUCGGCGAAUGUCUGGUUGGCUUCAUAAAAACAUGCCACGGGGGUUGAACAUGAGAAAGAAGCUCUCCGCUUGGACUAAAGCCAUCAGUUUUACCCAUUGGCUAUCCUUUCGGACCAUAAAACAGAAGCAAGGGCCAAGAAAAGCUAAGGUCAAUAUUCUCAAACACAGGAUGGCCAUGAGAGUUGCCAGUAAAACCAGCCUGGUCAGUCAGAAAAAGAAGAGUUCCUCUGUGGACAAAAUUGGUAAAGAGAAUGCUGGCCUGCAGGAAAAUACAGCAGACGGAGGGGAGGAUGCGGUCCUAGCUGGGGAGAAAGAAGUAGAAGCCAAAUAUGCUGUGGUAUUCCCCAGGAUGAACAAACUGGGCAAGGCGAAGACAGCCACCGUCUCCCAGGCAACUGCUGGACCCUCUACUGCCUCAAGUGCCACUGGACCACCAGGGGAACCCACUACAUCACAGCCAAAACCCCCAAAACCAGGUGCCAGGCUGGUGCUUCCUGUCAAACCAGAUCUCAGCCUCCUGAAGUCCAUCAAGAAGUCCUUGCCAGGAGCGUUAAUGGCAGGUACAGAUGUGUCAGAGAGGAGCCCUGGGUCCAGCGGUGCGCCAGAGGUACCAUCCAACACGGAGGAUAAAACCAGGAGAGCAAUGCUAGACAAUCAAGAUGGAGGGAAUGUGCUACAAGCUGCAAGACAAAAACUGGACCCCUCCAAGAUCAACCUGACUAAGAUGUCCUUGUCAGGGGGAGUGAUCAAUGGUGGACCAACUCGAGCCAAGGGGCCAGACCCAGAGAGAGAUGCUGCAGUUGGGAUUCCCAGGCCCAACACUCAGCCCUUUCCAAAUGGGGAGGCAAGUGCUGGGAUAUCAGGUGUCCGGUCCUUGUAUGAAGAGGAGGCAGACAGGGAAGUGGCCCAGCUGAUGGGUGAGGGGGGUAUAUAUGCGAUUGCCCAACCAGAGGUGCACUGGGCUGGUAACCCGCGGAUGAGUGGGGACCCUCAGGACUGGCUGCGUGCUGAGAACCUGUUGCCCCACCAAACAGUGGAGAAGCUAACCAAGUGGACAGUUUAUGAUGAUAUGGGCCAGGCAAGGACUGUUCCUGCUCACAAUGGCAGGGGCCCCUGGGAAUCAGAGGACCCCACCCAGGAGAUGCUGGAGAGUCGAUUGAACAACACACAGGUGGUGAUGCCUGGCAGCAAAACAUCUGUAGAAGUGGAUGAGGUGGAGGACCUGUCCCAGCUAGAAGAGGUGUGUGAGAGCUCCGUGCUUCUCAAUCUGAAGAAGAGGUUCCACCGUGACUGUAUCUAUACUUACAUUGGCAACAUGAUGCUGUCCAUUAACCCCUUCAAGGCCCUUAACAUCUACACAGAGGAGCUGAGACACAAGUAUGAGGGCAAAGAGCAGCAGAGAAACGCCCCCCAUGUGUAUGCCAUAGCUGACGCUGCUUUCAGUCAGUCUCAGGCCUCCACUCAGGAGCAGUGCAUCAUCAUCAGCGGCCAGAGUGGUUCAGGGAAGACUGAAGCUACCAAGCUGAUAGUACACUACCUCAGCUCCAUGUACCAGAGCCAGGACCAGCACCUGCGGCAGCCCAUGGAGGUCUUUCCCAUCCUGGAGAGUUUCGGGAAUGCCAAGACUAUCCUCAACAACAACUCCAGCCGCUUCGGCAAGUACCUCCACAUCCACAUUCUCCAUGGCAUUGUUGUGGGGACUUCGCUGUCCAAAUAUCUCCUGGAGAAGUCCAGGGUUGUGUUUCAGGCCCACGAGGAGAGGAACUUCCACGUGUUCUAUGAGCUGCUCGCGGGGAUGAACGACUGGGACAAACAGGAGCUCUACCUGCAAGGACCCGAGACAUAUUACUACCUGAACCAAGGUGGGGCGUGUGAGCUGAAGGGAAAGCAGGACAAGCAGGACUUCCAGCUGAUGCUUCAGUGCUUUGAGACCAUCGGCCUGCAUGCUGACCAGAUCUCCACCAUCUGGGCCAUCCUGUCCUCCAUCCUGCAGCUCGGCAACGUCUGCUUUAGCUCAUACGAGAGCGAGUCGUUCGAGGUGGCGCGUAUCUUCAGCGAGGCUGAGGCCAGGAGGGUCGGCUCUUUGUUGCAGAUUUCUUCUGAGGCCUUGCAGACUGUCAUCACUCACAGAGUCACAGAGACGACCUACGACCGGAUCUACUGCCCUCUGUCUGUGGAAAGUGCCAUAGAAUCCAGAGAUGCCAUUGCCAAAGCCUUGUACUCUGUGCUGUUUGACUGGCUGCUGGAGCAGAUCAAUGAUUGGCUGAGCCCCUCAGAGAUGGACAGCACGGUGGGCAUAGUGGACAUCUACGGGUUUGAGGACCUGGCAGUGAACAGCUUCGAGCAGCUGUGCAUCAACUUCGCCAAUGAGCAGCUGCAGCACUUCGUCAACAAGGCCGUGAUCUCCCAGGAGCAGGAGGAGUACAGUGCAGAGCAGAUCCAGUGGUACCCGAUGCCUCUGAAGAACUUCCACUCCUGUCUGGAGCUCAUCUCCUCCAGACCUCAUGGCAUCCUCCGCAUACUGGACGAUCAGACCUGCCUGCCCCAGGCCACUGACCACACCUUCCUCCAGAAGUGCCACUAUCACCAUGGGAACAGCUCCUACUAUGCCAAGCCUAAGAACCCCCUGCCAGUCUUCACUGUGUAUCACUACGCCGGAGCUGUAACCUAUCAGGUUCAUAAUUUCCUGAAUAAGAACCAUGACCAGUUCAGGACGGAGGUGGUGGAGCUGUUUGCCAGGAGUCGCUUAAAGACGGUUUCGGAGCUGUUCCGGAAGCUUCAGGACGGUUACAUCCAGCAGAGAGAGCUGGGCUGGAGGGGGAAGGGUCUCCGUCAGCAGCCUUCCACCGCUGCCUCUCACUUCCUUCAGUCCCUGACAGAACUCACCACCCGCCUGGAGAGAUGCAAAACCACUUUUGUUCGUUGUCUGAAGCCAAACUAUGUCAAGCUCCCUGGGAUCUUUGACGUGGACUAUGUGUCGGCCCAGCUCAGGCAUGCUGGGAUUAUGGAGACCAUCCACAUCAGGAAAGAAGGGUUCCCCAUCCGGAUUCAGUACUCCUUCUUCCUCGAGAGGUACGGGGUUCUGCUGAGUCAGCGUCAGAGCGAGGUGUCGGACAGGGAGCAGCUUCUGGCUCUGCUGGAGCUGGUGGGGGCCCAGGAGGGGCAGUACCAGCUGGGGCUCACCAAGCUGUUCCUGAAGGAGCUGCUCUACCAGCAGCUGGAGGAGAAGUGGAUCAGCACCCAGACCUGGGCGGCCAUCACCAUCCAGAGGAACAUCAGGGGCUUCAUCUGCAGGAGGAACUUCAGGUUCUUCAGAGAGAAGGCCAUCGUCAUCCAGAGCCACAUCCGGGGACACCAGGCCAGGAAGCACUACAAGCGUCUGAGGCAGUGCUUCACCCAAUUCUGGGCGGUGAUGAUGAUCACCAGGGAUACCAUCAAGAGACGCCAUUGGAGGAAGGAAUUUCAUGAGAAGAACAAAGUGAAGGGAGUGACAAAGACGAAGAGUGUAUCUCCAGGAAUGGAUGUGGGGAGGUUGGAGAUCCCUGCUGAGCUGUCAGCCAGGCUCCGCAGUGCAGGAGGGCAGCAGCAUGGGUCAGGGGUCACAGAGGUGGCCCCUCCUCAGGUGAAGGCACAACACAAGCUCAGCCUGCCUCUGGAUUUAGACAGAUACCCGUUCUCUCGCUAUGCCAAGUCCAUAUUAAAGGAUACAUGGUGCCAGCCUCAGGGACGCCCCCUCCAGAGAUCCCUCACCCCCCUGGAGCCUGAAGAUGCCAGAACUGCCCUGGACAUCUACAAACUGAUCUUGCGGUUCACGGGUGAGUCGGAGCUGAGUGGCUGGCAGGAGCAGAUGCUAGGGAACUACAUCGUGGAGAGGGGUCAGAGCCGGACCCCCCUGAGGGACGAAAUCCUGGCCCAGCUGGCCUACCACACGUGGGGCCUACAGGAGGAGCAGAGUAGCCUGAGGGGCUGGCUGCUGCUGGCCUCCUGCCUCAGCGCCUUCACCCCCUCCCCAACGCUGGACAAGCCCCUGCUCAAGUAUGUGUCUGACCAUGGUCCGGGGGAGUACCGCUCUCUGUGCCAACACAAGCUGCUGACAUCUCUGCAGCUCCCAGCCCCAGCUGCCCGCGUCUACCCCCCCACCCAGCUGGAGUGGACCACCAACCAGAGGAAGGGCACCAUGCUGCUGGACGUACACACCUACAACGACGAGAGGCUGACCUCUGAGGUGGAGUCAUGGACUACAGGAGAGGAGCUGGCUGCAUGGCUCCUGCACUACAGAGGCGUGUCGGAGGCAGUGCAGGGCUGGUCCGUGUCCCUCCUGACGGAUGAUGGUUGGUCAGAUCUGGCCGGCUCAGACUUCGUCAUGGAUCUUCUGGCUGGAGCUGAAGCUGAGGUGCUGCCCCCCCCAGGGACGCCCUCCUCUACAUACUCUGACUACCUGUUCAGCAACCAGGGAGACAGGAGGCCCGCUUCAGAUCUGGACGACUUUAUUCCGCCAGCCCCUCCCAUGCAAGCUCCUGGGCUGCCUGCUUUUGAGGGAAGCUCCUGGGGGAGAGAUUAUCCACAGGAAGGCCGUGGGAGACAGAUGGAUGCUUACGUUGAUGACCUGUUUGACCCAGUACUGGACCAAGGACCUCUGGACAUGGAGAGGGUUGCCAUGCUGAACCGCAGAAUGAAAGGAGGAGGAGGGAUUGGACCCAUGUAUGGAACUGGUAUACCCAUGACAAUGCCAACUUAUCCUAUGGGCUAUGGUGCCCCUAUGAUGCCAACCAUGCCAGCCAUGAUGCCUGCGGCCCCUGUGGUGGACCCCAUGCAGCUUUCAGCAACACAGCAGGCCCUCAUCAACCAGCAGGCCUUCCUCAUGGCACAGCAGAUGACCAUGCAGGCCAUGACUCUGUCCCAGCAGCAGACCCAGGAGCAGCAGAGGAAGCAGAAGGAGAAAGAGAAGCAGAAGGAGAGGGAGAAGCAGUGGAAACGUCAGUCCCAGCGACGAUCCGACUCCCCCUCACCACCUCCUCGAUCUCCCUCACCCCCACCUGCACGGCCCAAAGCCUUCAAACACACCCCCAGGCCCAGGCAGCCUGAACCAGAGCCAGAACGAAAAGUGGAUCUACCAGAUCCUGAGGACCUGCAGUCCUUCAGGGACAAGAGGAGGUACUUCCAGAAGAUCGGGGAUAAGCCCUAUGAAGCAGCUCCAAGGCCUCGUACACCCCCCCCAAGCACAUCCAGGCGGCAGCAACGCUCCCCAUCACCGCCGCCACCACCACCCCCCCCUAUGGCACCAAGGCCUGCAGUGAAGCAGUUCCAUGUCCCUCCUGUCGCAAAAGAGGACCCCCCUAAAGAAAAACCCACCCCAGCUCCUCUGGCUCGGCCUAACCUGGAACCUACCUCCAACAUCCGGGAAAUCAUCAAGAAGUACAACAGCCGACCCCAACCAGAGGCCAAACCCUUCGAGCCCAUCAGACCGCCGGCACGGAAUUUUAAGAAGGUGAAUGACCCCAAAGAGGAAGCUCUGGCCAAACUCAGAAGCAAAGCUCCAGUGCCACACCAGCAGAGGCAGUGGGCGCCUCCACCAGUGAAGCCUAAAAAGGAGCUGCCCCCCAACAGGAUCCCGUCCCCUCCCCCCAUCAGGGAGGCCCGCUCCAUCUCCAACAGCAUGAGGCAGAAGCAGCGCUCCCUGGAGGACCUUUUCGGCUCGCAGCGCUCCAAAGACCCCCCACCUGCUCCCCCCGACUCCCCCCCACCUCCUCCACGCCCAGCGCCCAACAUUCAGCACAUCCCUGACCCGCCCCCCAUGGCUGCACCCUCUCUCGAUGGGAUGCCAGAUGGUGACGGCAUCCGCUCACAGCUCCACCGCUUCUCUGCUGGGGUUUACUUCUCCCACUCCCACCUGCCGGGAAAACUGAUCCUGCGCAAAGAAGUGUUUUACCCCAGAGAGAUGUUCAACCGGCCCUACAUCCUCAAUCUGUUAUGUGAACAGAUCAUGAAGGACACGUACUCGGAUAGCUGUGUGAGGAUCAGCAGAGAGGAGAGGAGGAAGAUGAAGGACCUGCUGGCAAAUUUCAACGUGGGAAUGAGUAUAAGCACCAUGCAGAAUGACAACAUGAAGAAGAGGAUCGUGAUGGCUGCUCGAGACAACUGGGAGAACUACUUCACUCGCCUGUUCCCUGUGAAGCUGGAGAGUGGAGAUGCUCAGGUGUUGGCUGUUUCUCACCGAGGCAUCCGUCUGCUGAAGGUGGUCAGAGCAUCAGGCAUCAACCCCGAACACUUCCGCCUGCUCCGCAGCUACAGUUUUGCAGAGCUGCUGUCAGUGGAGCUCCAGGGUGCACACAGGGUGGAGGUGGAGCUGAAGAGUGAAGCGUUGGUGUUGCAGUCCUCCAGAGCUCCACAGAUCACCGCCAUGAUCCAACUCUUCCUCCAGGAGCUCAUCAGGGACUCCGGCCAUGUGGUUGCCUUGAAGAGUUAUGUGACGGAUGACAAGAGUUUGGUUAGCUUCAGCCGAGGUGAUGUCAUCAAACUGCUGCCGAUGGAAGGACUCCAGACAGGAUGGCGUUUCGGCACCUUGGGAGGGCGCUCUGGGCUGUUCCCAGAGGACCUGACCCAGCCAUCCGCGGCUCCGGAUUACCACUGUUGGAACCUCGACCGCAGAGAUACCAAGAGGAAGAGCACGAGGGGCGCUGCACCUGUCACUCGGUCCAACGGCCUGCCUCAAGGUCCAUCCAGCAGGGAGGGUUCGGUUCUGCGGUCGGACCGGAGAUCAGUCCAGAGCUCCCAGCAGGGCUUGCUCCUGGAGCUGGAGAUCUUCUCAGGCAUGCCUGAGUUUGCUAUGAAGUACUUCAGAGUGGGGACUACAGGCCUGCCAGCAACUGGAAGGAAUUUUUUAGAGGUGGUUAAACAUACAACGGUUCCCAUCCAGGAGUCCCUCAUCCUCUACAAUGAUCCUGAGCUCAAUGAGUUAUCGGUCCAGUGCUUCCUGACCCUGAUGCAGUUCAUGGGGGAAAUGCCGAUGAAGAAGGAUAACACGCAGGCAGGCUGUGUGAGCCACAUCAUAUUGUUAGGGAAGGAGAAGGAGAUGCUGAGAGACGAAAUCUACUGCCAGGUCAUCAAGCAAACCACCAACAACCCCGCCAAAUCUUUCUGUACACUGGGCUGGCGGCUGCUCAACCUGAUGACCGGCUUCUUCCCCUGCUCCGAUACUCUGCAGCCGUUUGUGACAUGGCACCUGCAAGAAAUCUCCGAGGACUACCAGCACCCAUACCAAGAGCUGGCGUGUGUGUGUAUGGAGAACCUGCAGCGCUCUCUCACUUUUGGGGGUCGCCGUAACAUCCCGUCACAUGUGGAGAUGGACGCCAUUCUGGCUGGGAAAACCUCUCGCCGGUUUCCCAUCCAGCUUCCAGGAGAAGUGGAAUUCACCAUCAAGAUCCGCAGCUUCAGUCUGGCAGGAGAAGCAGUGGCAGAGUUCUGUAAAGAGAUGGGAAUCUUGAAUCUGAGCGAAACCAAAGAGUACUCCAUCCUUGCCAACCAACGCCCAGAUGGGAUGGUUCGUCCCCUCCAUGCUGAAGAGUAUCUGUUCGACUUCCUGCUGGAUAACAGCUCCAUCUUCCUGUCCCUGAGAAGAGUGAUGUGGAGGAGCCCUCUGACCUUCAGCAGUGACCUCUAUGUGGGGUUCCACUAUCAGCAGCUCCUGGCUGACUACCUGAGUGGGCGCCUCCUGCUGGCCCCUGCUGACUCCUCCGUUAAGCAGAUCGCUCAGCUGUCCGCUUUGCAGCAUCUGGCUCAGGGUCGGCAGGGUCCGCCCUCACUAUCGGAGAUGAAGGAGUACCUGCCCUCACUGGACGGCCUGAGCAUCAAAGCUGCUGAGAUGCAGACCUUCUGUGAGGGCCAGAUCGCUGCCAUGCACUCCCUCAGCCCUCAAGAAGCCAAGAUAAAAUUUAUUGAGACUCUGAGCGCCAUGCCUCUGUUUGGCUCCAACACCUUCUUGGCCCAGAAGGUGAGCCAGCGUGGCUGUCCCUCCCCCUGCAUGGUCAACGUCAGUCCGGAGGGGGUGAUGUUCCUUCACCCCAAAACAAAGGUACCUUCAGCACACAACCAGUUGAUACAACUUAAACUGAUUACAUCGACAUUUUUACAUCAACACUACUAUUUUUGUAAGAUAAAGAAACAUUACUUAAGUUAUUUUAACACAGUACAAAUAAAAGUCAAGUAUAGCUAACCUUAAUAUUUGUAUUACCUUUAUAUAAAAACAUGUAGCUGUAUAAACCCCACUAUGAAUUAAAAAUGUUGAGUGAGUAGUACUUAAAACUGUAUGUGGAGUACUUCAAUCAUUUUUUUAAACUGAUGGCGUAAAUAUUAUUAAGUAACUGUAACUCAAAAUCCAUAAAUAAAUAUUUUGAGUAAAAUAAAAAUACAGACAUUUCAAAUACAAGUGACCAUUUAUUAAGUAAGGUAAACAACAAAAAAAUAUAUAUAUAUAUCGUUUGGCAAAUUUUUAAACUUUUAAAUAUUCAAUACCUUAAAAACAGGCCUUGAGAGUCCAGAGAGGAACAAACACAAAGUUACCUGGAACAGUUCUGCUCAUCAAUUUACCACAUGGAGCAUAAAGACCAUACAUAUAGAAAUAUCAACAAACGUAUGGGAUAUUUUUUUCAUACUAUUUUACAAAUCUACUAACUCCUUCAAGUAACUAAUUCAAACUUCUAUUUGAAUAAUAAAAAAUUCAAAAUACAUUGUUAUGAUAUAAGCAGACAUACAGUACAGUGCUACACGGUAUGAAUUGCUCUUCAAGUUCAACUGUAUUCAUAGAGUGAGAUUACUUUCCUGCCAAAACUUCAUUUUCAACACUCUUGGCCUUAACUUUCGAUCGUCCAGGCCCAUCAACACUUUCUGUGUGAAGUCGAAGGUGUUGACCAAGUCUUUUGGGUAACUUAGAUUCAGGGUAUAGAUCAGAGCAAAAAGCAGAACAAAUACCUCAGCGAAUCUGGGGAGUUUGAUAACUCUGUUCCCCUCAAGCACCACAGCGAUCCUCUCUGGGCAGCAGAGCGUGGUGUUAGUUGACUUGGCACUGAUCAAGAGAAGUCACACAGCCAUGCCAUCAGUGUCUCCUUCAUCAGACUGCGCCACCUGGUGAUAAGAACAGAGAAAUGUUACCCCUUACCCUAAAUGGCCUGAGCUAUCUCCCAAAUAUGUUUGCUGAAAAAGACAUCAGUGACAUAUCACAUGAAAUAACUUAUGGUUCUCUGCAUAAUGUGGGUUUUAGGAAACGCCAUUGCACAACCUAAUUUAACAGCAGCAGAAACUACAGCCUCAUAAAUCCGUUUAUUGUAACACCCCUCUAAAACAAAACAAAGAGCAUUAUAACAGUCACACAGUAACUGUGUUACUGUUAGUUAGCUGUAAAUGAUAAACUGCCAGCUGAAUAUAUAUUUACAGUUAAUCUCCCCCUACUACACUAAAAUAAAUAUGGGGAACACUAAAGAUUAUUUUGUUAUGUAUUUUAUUAAAUCAUCCAUUUUUUACUCUGAAACCUAAUAUUAUAAACUCUGAAACCUAAUACUGUAAAAAUGUAAUCAUUUUCUUCAUGCGCUAGAGCUACUAGAACAAUUUAACAAGAUUAGCUGUGUUGUGUGAUCAUCGUACCAUCAAUUCUUAACAGUUAACCCAUUUAAGCUGGGUAAGCGUUGCCGCAUUUCUACCAUUACAUUUUUUAACCAUUUUUUUGUAUUAAUUAUCGGCCUCUUAGCCCAAUGAAAUGCAUCAGAAUAUACACGUGGCAUUGUUUGGAUUUUUUUUCAGCAAUCAUGGCAGACUUAGUCUACUGUGGAGGGAAUUCUGAAGUUAGUGAAGGAACUUAAAAAAGAACUUCAGGUUUUAGGGGGUUCUUCUAAAAUCGCCCAUAGGUUUUACAGACAUUUUUCCAGGCGUUUUAGGCCUAAAUGGGUUAAUAUGCUGACUUACAUGCCACAGCUUCAGAAAGCUGGAGUCGUCCUCAUGCAGAUAGGCAGGGAGCGCCCGGAGGAUAGCAGCGCGUCUGGCAUGGACGUCACCUUGUUCCUUGGGUGUGAGAACAUAUAUUUGCUUUACUUUUGAUGCUGACAACACACAACAACUUAUAUCACAAGAAAGGGCUCUUCCGUGACAGCAAAGAUGAGUAUUUUGACAAAGAGAAUCCACUCUAGGAUUAUCAAACACCAAGAGGCGUAACCGACUCACCUGGAUGUCAUAAGAGCUGAACCACUGAUCCAGAACUUCCGCUACUUUCCCUUUGCGUGCAACUUUCUUUCCGAACAAGCUCUGAAGGCGGGGGGCAUGUCGAUCCAACUCAGCAUAGAAGUGCUUCUUCAGAUUGAUGUUUGUAAUCCUCUGAAACUCGGCACAAAUCUGCAAAAAUAAAAAAGGGCUAUUUAAGUCACAGUACAAUGCUUAUGUGCACUGAAGACAGCAGCGAUAAACAGAAACGUAACAUGCUCAAUCUGAGAAAACCUGUCCAAGUUAUCAAUGAAAGCCACGCAAAGAAUUAAAUACGUGUAACAGGUAAAAGAUGUUCAUCUGUGACUCUGUUUUCAAGGCAGGCCAGCGUUCCAGGACCUUACCAACAGGUAGGGCGUCAUUGAUGACGUCAUUGCGCAAUUUGGAGUGUCAAUCGCUCAAGGCUUGUACUAUUUUCACCAAAUGGGAAAUAAGGCAAGAAAUUCACCUCUGCUCUCUCUGGUAUUUUGAUGUUACUGUGGGGAGAUUGUUUGUCUGGAUUGUUUCUACUCCUCUUCCCAGAAUUCACAGCUACCUCAUGAAAUCCUGCCUUACUUAACUUUGUGCGGAAGUCCCCCUCUUGAACUUCAGACUGUUUUUCCAGCCGCACCAUCCUGUCUGAGACCUUGGCUCUUUUAGACAAGGAUGUUUAGUGACCAGUGCUUCUUCUACCAUUGAAACUUCCUUGUCAUUGGGGUAUGCCUUGAAGUUAUGUAUUUUGGUUGCAAGGUACUCAAGGAUGUUGUGCUUUUGACCCGAAAAACAGGCUAUAUACAACAUGUAGCACUUAUAUUACUCCACAAACUAUAAAUGGAAGACUACUUCUAAACUCUCAGGACUAUGAGUGAAAUAACUUCUAAAAAUGAACUUGAUUUGCUUACCUAAAAAAUGUUUUAAGUAACCCUUUAUUAACUGUAUGAACGUCAGGUUACCAUAAUAAGACCUGGGAUACUGGGGCUUUGCUGUGACAUGGUAUUUUCCACACUGAUUACAAGCCUACAUUUAAAGUGAUCUUGCUUUACCAAAUGCAGAAAGCAUAGUACAAAGCUACUGCAUGAAAUGAACGUUAAACCUCUAUGCCUCUAAAUUACUAAAUAAAACAUGCCCAGAAAUGCAUGACAGAAAAAGGCUGCCGUUAUAAGUCGAUAUUUAACACAGAACGUUUGCAACACAAGCUUUCUACUGAAAUGUAAUUUAGAACCAUAUAAACACACUGUCUUUCACGUAUCAAUCAUCUUUGGAAUAGUAGUAGGAUCAUGCAGAGUAAGGUUGCCUGUCCCUUAAUAGAGGAGAUACGGUUGUGGCGCGUGCAUGUGCAAAGUGAGUGAGGUGUUUCUGGAAGUGAACAGGAGUAGCAGCAGUGAUACGUCUGUCUAUGAAGUGACAACCAAGUCCCAAAUAAAUACAACGGCCUCCUUAGGAAAAGCUUGCUUGUCUGCCUGAA